AUGUACCCGUGGUCCGGAGUGAUCGGCCGUUCUGGUAGCGAAAAAUCGACCAUUUUAAUAGUCAUAAUUUACAUAGCUAGUGAACCUGAUUCUCAAAAUAUAUCUUCAUACUUAAAUGACAAAGAUUUAACUUGGCCCGAAAUUGAAGAUAUCUGGAAGAAAACCAUCAACUAUCGACUGAAUUUUAUAAAAGAUAAUAAUGCUGUUGAAAUAUUCAAGAUAUGGAGUCAUUAUACCAUGCAAAUGGGUUAUAAACUUGUUGAUAUUGAUUUCCAAAGUUUGUACACAGACAAAUCAAAUUUUAAUUUAAUUUUUGAAGAAUCAUCCAAUAAACUCGUAGAAAUAUUAAAAGAAAGAGUAAAAGAUGCUGCUAGCAGACAAACUUUGACAACAUUUAAUGAUACACUUGACAAUUUGUCGACAGAUUCAAAAGUAUUAGUUAUUAUGUAUUUGUUACAUUGUGUUUUUAUUCCAUCAUCAAAAAAAUCUACUCGUGAUGAAAAUGGGAAAAAAGGUUUUACUAAAUAUAGUAUACGAGAUUCACAAAAAUCAUUUGUGAUUGUGAAACCAACUACUGUGGACAUGGAAUCGACACUCCAGAAGAUGUCUGAAAGGGGUGCAAUUCAGCCAUGUGUGUUAGUUGUUGGUUCAUUAUUUGAUGCAAAACAAAUACUUGUGUAUUUGGACUACAUUAAGUACAAAAUGUUUUCAGCCAUUAAGGCCUUUGACAUAUGUUUUAAAAUCUUUCAUGUUUUCAACGUAGAAUACCCUAUAGAAUGCAGUGAUGUUUGGUUAUUUAUUCAAAUUUUUUAUUUUAAGAUUACUACUAAGUAUGACAAAUCUAAUGUUUUAAUCAAACAAGUUAUAAAUGAAUUGAAUUCUUAAUUGUAUAAAUACAAGAUGUAUAUUUAUA